UUUGUGAUCUUCGAUCAAGAAUACAUCUAUAAACGAUUAUAAUGAUGAUGAUGAUAGACAGGAAGACAACACUAAGGGAGAUCUAAUAUGCUGUAUAAGGUUUAUUGUUGCAUAAGUGUCACGAGGCAAACCGGAGCGCAUGCUUCGUCGUAGCCUAAAACUGUGCGUGAGCCAAGAGUAUAACAGGCAGAUUCGCACAACGGCGCAAUUUGUGUUUAGAGGAGAUUCAUUACCAGCUUCAUCUAAACUUUCACAUACGGUUCGAUUUUUAGUGUUGAGAUCGAACAUUUUUUGUUUUUAUACUCCUUUCUUCUUUUUCUUUCUACUAUCAAUCUACUUGUUUAUUUUACAUCCUCUACAAUUUCUCGCACAAAAUGGACAAGCAGGAGUUCAAAUUGGAAAUGCUUGUUGGGAGCUUUAUUGUUUAGAACAUGGUAUACAACCAGACGGGCAAAUGCCAUCUGAUAAAAUGCUCGGCGGAGGAGACGAUAGCUUUAAUACGUUUUUCAGUGAAACUGGGUCGGGUAAACAUGUGCCCAGAGCAGUGUUCGUUGACCUUGAACCUACCGUUGUCGAUGAAGUACGAACAGGAACGUAUCGACAACUUUUUCACCCGGAACAAUUGAUAACGGGUAAAGAAGAUGCCGCAAAUAAUUACGCUCGUGGCCACUACACUGUCGGCAAAGAGAUCGUCGAUGUUGUUCUAGAUCGUGUGAGAAAAUUAGUGGAUCAAUGUACUGGACUCCAAGGCUUUCUUAUAUUUCAUUCGUUCGGUGGUGGGACCGGCUCUGGUUUCACCUCUCUCUUGAUGGAACGACUUUCGGUAGACUACGGGAAGAAGUCUAAAUUGGAAUUCGCCAUUUAUCCGGCACCGCAAGUUUCUACAGCCGUAGUAGAACCGUACAAUUCGAUCUUGACUACUCAUACCACGCUCGAACACUCCGAUUGCGCUUUUAUGGUUGACAACGAGGCCAUUUACGAUAUUUGCCGUCGUAACUUGGACAUCGAGAGACCUACAUAUACCAACUUAAAUCGCUUGAUCGGUCAGAUCGUUUCUUCGAUCACCGCCUCAUUACGAUUCGAUGGUGCCCUAAAUGUCGACCUAACUGAAUUUCAAACAAAUUUGGUACCAUAUCCAAGAAUUCAUUUUCCUCUCGUAACUUAUGCACCAGUAAUAUCAGCAGAAAAGGCAUAUCAUGAGCAACUUAGCGUAUCAGAAAUUACGAACGCCUGUUUCGAGCCAUCCAAUCAAAUGGUAAAAUGUGAUCCUCGAAAUGGCAAAUAUAUGGCUUGUUGUAUGCUCUAUAGAGGCGAUGUCGUGCCCAAGGAUGUUAAUGCAGCUAUCGCUGCUAUAAAGACAAAACGUAGUAUACAGUUCGUUGAUUGGUGCCCUACAGGCUUUAAAGUAGGGAUUAACUAUCAGCCUCCCACUGUUGUACCCGGCGGCGAUUUGGCCAAGGUGCAACGUGCAGUAUGCAUGUUAUCUAAUACAACAGCUAUUGCCGAGGCAUGA